GCGUAAGGAAAGGAAGUGUAUCCUGUCUGUGCCAUGUGAACUACAGGUUUUCGUCCCCACUGAACUGCAGGGACGCACGGCAAUUGACGCAUUCGUUUUCGCGUUACACACAUGCACGCACACACACGCACACACGCACGCACACACACACACACACACGCACACACACAUACGCAGCGAGUGACCAAGGAGCCUGCUAGGACGUAGCGCUGCCGGGGCCAUCAAAACGAACAAAAUAGCGAGAGGUUUUCCUGACGGACUGUAAAGCUGUUCGGCUCAUUAGCUGACGGCAAACCAGGCAUGGACGACAAGUCAUUCACCAAGGAGUUGGACGGAUGGAUUGAACAACUGAACGAGUGCAAACAGCUAUCAGAGAAUCAGGUUAAAGUCCUGUGUGAGAAGGCUAAAGAGAUCCUGACAAAGGAGUCAAAUGUGCAGGAGGUGAGAUGUCCUGUGACAGUGUGCGGAGAUGUCCAUGGUCAGUUUCAUGACCUCAUGGAGCUGUUUAAGAUCGGGGGGAAGUCUCCAGACACUAACUACCUCUUCAUGGGAGAUUAUGUUGACAGAGGAUACUAUUCUGUGGAGACUGUUACUCUGUUGGUCUCUCUUAAGGUACGGUUCCGUGAAAGAAUCACAAUUCUCAGAGGGAACCACGAGAGCAGACAGAUCACACAAGUUUACGGCUUCUACGACGAGUGCUUAAGGAAAUAUGGAAAUGCCAAUGUUUGGAAGUACUUCACAGAUCUGUUUGAUUAUCUGCCCCUUACUGCGCUAGUAGAUAACCAGAUUUUCUGCCUCCAUGGAGGAUUGUCCCCUUCAAUAGACACACUGGAACACAUCAGAGCGCUGGAUCGCCUGCAGGAGGUUCCUCAUGAGGGUCCAAUGUGUGACUUGUUAUGGUCGGACCCAGAUGAUCGUGGUGGCUGGGGUAUCUCACCCCGUGGUGCUGGUUACACCUUCGGGCAGGACAUUUCAGAGACUUUCAACCACGCAAAUGGCCUGACUUUGGUUUCAAGAGCCCACCAGCUGGUGAUGGAGGGUUAUAAUUGGUGCCAUGACCGCAAUGUAGUGACCAUCUUCAGUGCACCAAACUAUUGUUAUCGUUGUGGAAACCAGGCAGCAAUCAUGGAACUUGAUGACACAUUGAAAUACUCUUUCCUUCAGUUUGAUCCGGCACCACGCAGAGGGGAGCCACAUGUGACGCGGCGUACACCGGACUAUUUCCUGUAAAGAUCACUAGCGACAUGAAAAAUGAAGCAGUCAAAACCCCAUGGACCAAAAAUAAAAGUGUGCCAUAAUCACAAUGAAAUGGAAACGUAACACAUCUAGCUAAAGAACACCAUCCUUUCAACUUCUCUCUGUGCAUGCUGUUUUUAUUGCUAUGAAUUAUUGCUACUAUGAACAAUACUGUCACAUUACCUGCUGGUUUGUCAGGAAACAUGAAUGAACUAAUGCUCAGAUUAAUGGCUAAAUCUUUCUGUUAGAGUGUUGAUGGUGACCAGUGUGUAUCCAUAUACAGUAUCUGUCUGCAUCUUUCACUUGGCAUGGCCUCAAAUCAAAGGUUGCAGUAAUUAAACGUGAACUGUUUUUAUUUUUUUUGUAACUGAAGCACAACUGUUUAUUUUGUGUACUGAGGUGUUAGGGGUGGACUUCUGGUAAUGAAUCUGUUCUAUUUGAACUUUUUGUAUUUGAUUUUUAUCACACAGCACUGAAAGACUACGUUCUUUUUUUAUACCCUGUUAUAGUAAAAGUAGCUCUCUUUCUGCUCUGCUGUCUCUCAUGGGAGUAAAUGUCAUUCAUUUAAAUGGGCAAUAUUGGUAUAAAUUAUGUCAGUUGUAGAAAAACUUAUUAACUUGCUGUUUUGCAGUCACAGCUAUACAAAAUAAAGACCAGUGCUUCGUCA